AUGUACACGGGUGAACUUGACUUAUCCAAACAAUUAGGUGAAAAUAUAUUCGAGUUAUUAAUCGCUUCGGAUGAAUUACUCCUUGAAGAAUUAUUCAAACACGUACAAGGCUACUUGAUCGAAAAGCAUACUACCAUACCCAAUAAUAUUUAUGAGGAAAUUGAAGAAUUUCAUUAUAAAAAAGUAUUACCGAAAACAAUAACGUUGCCGUCUCGCAUAGGAACGCCAGCAUCAGCAAUUAUUGAUCCAUCUGCAAUCAUCAAACCAAAACUUGCAACCAUUAUAGCCAAUUGGAUAGAUAGAAAUGAUUCUGCCGUACUUUCGUUUAAUAAUAAUUAUAAGUUUAAUCUGAUUUACCUUAAAAGUCGAGAUGGGCUUGAUUGUAAUACUUUCAAUAAUCAGUGUAAUGGACAAGGACCAUUUAUAUUAUUGAUAAGGGUUCAAUCAAAAAAGAUCUAUGGAGGUUUUAAUCCGAUCGGUUACAAUUUAAGGGAAGGGCAAUGGUUACUUACUUCGGACAGUUUUAUAUUUUCUUUUGAAAAUAAUCAAGAUACACGUAACAUGAAAAUUGGUAGAGUAAUUAACAAGUAUUAUUCGGUUUAUGAGGAUUACUUUCAAUUUUUCUUUAAUUUUGGGAAUCAUUUACAAGCUUACAAAGGAAAUGGACAAAACUUUUUUUACCUUGGUAAUCAUCGAAUAUAUAGUAAUAUCUUUAAUAGGACGUGUACUCGUGAUUAUCCUAUUGAAGAAAUCGAAGAAAUGGAAGUAUUUAGCGUGGUUAGGAAAUAA